AUGCACGUGACACUGGAGGGCUCAGGGGACAGGAGGGGCAGGAGCGGGUGCCAGGGGGAGGUGACGAUUGCCCUGCAAGGGCAGUUGUGGACGGGACUGGCUGGGCGCGUACCUUCCCGCAGGGUGACCUGGCGCUGUUGGUCUCAGCAUCCUGCGGAGCCUCCGUCCUCCCUCGCUGUGGGGAUCCCGGCCACCCUGCAGACCCAGCGCUGGCACGGCAUCAUUGCCUCUGAAUUGCUUGUGAGCUGCAGAAGGCUUGCAGACCCCAAUCCAGCUCUAGGGCUCCUCUUGGCCUCCGUGACCUCAUACAAGCUCAGGGGCUGUCAGGAGGGCUAUGGGCACGCCGCCCCAGGCACGGACGCCGGCAAAGUUUUCUGCAUGUUCUAUGCCAUCCUGGGCAUCCCCCUGACGCUGGUCAUGUUCCAGAGCCUGGGGGAGCGCAUGAACACUGUCGUGCGGCUGCUGCUCAAGAAGAUCAAGAAGUGUUUGGGCAUGAGGACAACCAAUGUCUCCAUGGAGAACAUGGUCCUAGUCGGCUUUCUGUCCUGCAUGGGGACCCUGUGCAUUGGCGCAGCAGCCUUCUCUUAUUUCGAGGGCUGGACUUUCUUUCAUGCCUAUUACUACUGCUUCAUAACCUUGACCACUAUUGGCUUUGGAGACUUUGUGGCUCUGCAGAAGAACGAGGCUUUGCAAAAGAAGCCCCCAUACGUGGCUUUCAGCUUCAUGUACAUCCUGGUGGGCCUGACUGUCAUCGGUGCCUUCCUCAACCUGGUGGUGCUGCGCUUCCUGACGAUGAACUCGGAGGACGAGCGGCGGGACGCUGAAGAGCGAGCCUCGCUGAGGAGAGCCCAGAACAACAUCCACCUCAAGCCGAAAGAGGACAGCCGGAGCAACAAUGCCAUUUUUCUCCCCGUGGAGGACAGGAUGAGCCAGAUAAACCUCAUCCCACUGAUCCAGGAGGAUGUGGAGAGGCAGCGGCGCCAGUCGGCCAACUCAGCGGCCGCAGUCCCCUCCUUCUGCACAUGCCUGUGCUACAGACCUCAGCUAUGCAGCAGCCCGGUGCCAUCCCACCCCGAGACCCUGAGCUGCCACACCAACCCCGUGUAUUACAACUCCAUUUCCUACAAAAUCGAUGAGGUCUCCCUGAGCACGCGGGGUCAGACCGGCUCUUCCCCAGGGAGCACUUUAUCAUCCAACAGCGCUCGCUGCCGGCAACACCCCCGGCUGCGGAGGAAAUCCAUCUAG